GAGAAGACGGUCUGUACGUUUUGUAACCAUGCCACGAAGGUGAAUUGUCCUUUCUACUGGGAAUUUCCUUUCACCGGUGAAGGAACGACGGUCUUGUAACAGUUCUGGAGCGCCAGCCAGGAGGGGCCGUGGCCAGGAUUGUGACCUGGGGCUGGACGCGCACCUGGGCGAGGUUCACCACUGGCUUCGAAAUAUAAGGAAGAAUUAUGGAGGCAUUCUUGAGCCCUAAAGAAUCUGCCAAGUUCAUAGCAGAAAACAGCAAAGAUGUGUACAUUAAAGAUGAUGGUGUCCAGAAUGUUGCAGAGAUGUUAUUUGACAAAGUUUUGAAGAAAGAAUUUGGUGUGGAUGGUUGGAAGUCUUCACAUGAGCUGAACCCUCAGUCAACAGGUGAAGAUGCAGUCAACUGGGUGUUCCUUGUUGAUGCACUCAAUUUUUCCUUUUGGUCUGAACAUGAGGACCAUAAGUGUAUGGUGAAGUAUAAAGGCAAAAGCUAUAGUGGCUACUGGUCUCUUUGUGCUGCAAUCAACAGAGCACUUGAUGAAGGAGUGCCCAUUACUAGUGCUUCAUACUAUGCUACUAUGACACUGGAGCAGGUUAAGCAUGUAUUUCGCUCAGACACAGAUGUUCCCAUGCCCUUACUUGAGGAAAGACAUCGUGUCCUGAAUGAGACUGGGAUGGUUCUCCUGAAGACAUUUGGAGGCUCUUUCCUGACAUGUGUAAAGAAAAGUGACAAAAGUGCCCAGGAAUUAUUGCAGAUCGUAGUGGAAAAUUUCCCAUCCUUUAGAGAUGAGGCGACAUUUCAGGGUAGAAAAGUGGCUUUCUACAAACGGGCACAAAUUCUUGUCGCUGACACCUGGAGUGUGUUGGAAGGGAAAGGAGACGGCUGCUUCAGCGAUAUUUCCAGUGUAACUAUAUUUGCUGACUAUAGGAUACCACAGGUCCUCGUUCACUUGGGGGCAAUGAAAUAUUCUGAUGAACUCAUGAAGAAACUCAAGGAAGGGCACAUGUUCCAGUCUGGAGACAUACAGGAGGUAGAAAUCCGAGGAUGUUCUAUUUGGUGUUGUGAGCUCAUUUGCAAACGUUUGCUAGACCUGUAUAAAAAGAAAGGCGAGAACAUGAGUGAGAGGAUCAAUGCGGUUCUCCUUGAUUACUAUCUAUGGGAUUUUGCUCGGGAUCAUCGAGAAGACAUGAAAGAAAUUCCUUUUCAUCGUGUACGAUGCAUAUACUAUUAAUACCACUUUUAUCAAUGUUACUGUUACAAUGAUAAUUUUCUUCUGUACAGAUUUCAGAUUUACAUAUGAUUCCUAUAUUCUCUUCUCCAAAUUCUGAUCUUUUAGCAGAAUAUAAAUAUAUUUUAUGUCUUAUUUCACAUUAAAAGCAUUUUCUUAUAA